UGAAAGUUAGGGUCUGGUUUAGAAGUUACAUUUGAGGAACAUUUGGUCAUAUUGGUACGUGGGUGACAAGAGGGUUAGAGAGACAACUCACCAUCUCAUUGAGGAUGCUGGUUUUGAUCAGCAUCCAACGAAGUCAGAGCAAGUAGCAGCCCACUUCCAAUUGUCAUGGCAACAGCAUGUGAAUGUAUUGGGCUGUAGGAGCAGGCUGUAGCGUAGAUGUAGGAGUGCUGCAUUGGAAGCCACAGCUCUAUCUCCUGAGCCAGCUGUGAGGUAGGAGGGGAGGACACAGAGCUUUGGAGGGAUUUAUGGACACAUUCAUCAGGCUCUGUUUUACAGGAAGGUAACAUCCAGAUGAAGGAAUUGUGAAACUCUGUUCUCUAAAGAGGACUCAUCUCUGCUCAGCCAAACAGCCUGUGAUCUACCUGGUGUCUCAGGCCUGUCUCUGAUGUCAUGGAGAACAGGGCCCUGAUGUGUACCAGUCAGGCCUGGAAGGGGCCCAAAGGGUCCACCUUCUCCCCCAACUGGGACAACACAUCAUACCAACCAAACAUCAUGAUGUCCCCUUGUCCUGACGUGGUGAAGUCCCCAUGCCAGCAUGCUGCCAAGAUAUGCCACCCCCCAGAAGCCUCUGUGACCUCCCAGUUCCAGCAGGUUGGCCCCUAUGCCUCCACUGGAUUGUCUGCCAUGGCUAACACUGCCAGUAGAAAGGGUGAAAGGGAGUGUUAUAUAGUUAACCCCAUUCAAAAUGAGGAGACGGUCCUGCCAGUACACAACCCUGAGUUUCGCGGUCGCUCCUUCUCUGCAGCCACUGCCUCAAACUCAAUUACUUCCAGAAGCAGAUGUGACAGCUACGUCCACCUAUGCCCUGACAACAGCUCAGAGGACAUUAGUAGAGGCGACAGCUCCCCGUUGAGCCCAGACGUCUCCCCUGAUCACGGUGGUCCACGGUCGCGGUCCCACAGCAUCAUCCUGAGGAAGACGAGGAGGAGGCCGGCGCCGCCAACCCGUAGCGUGUCCCUGAGGAGAGACUCCGCCUCCCAGCUCAGAGACAACAGGACCAAGAGCCUCUACAUGGACAGUGACACAGCUACCCAAGACCCCUUCUUGCCUGACCUCAUCCUCAUCUCCACACCCAGGACAGAGGAGGUACUGUGCCUGGAGCAGUCCCCUGCUCAGCCUGUACAGGCUCUGGUUGGGCCACCAGUCAACAAUAAUGGGCAGCUACGUGAAGUAAGAUCUACUGACCCCUGCUCUUCCAUGUCAAGCUCAGGUCCUGCUGUGGGUAUUACUGGAAAUGAGGACAAAAAAGCCACCAGCUGGUCAGAAUCGGUCAGACCCUCUCCCCCCUUGCGACACCCUCCAUCUCUAACUUGUAAACAGUCCCCCUUCCUACCACCUGCCCCAGUCUCCCCUUCCAAUGGCAAGUCCAGAUCUCAGUGUGAGACUUCCCCCCCUCCUAUCCUCACGUCUGCCAUCACUGGACCCUCCCCCCUGGGCUGCAGGAUGCGCCCCAAGUCCUCCACUUCACCCACCUCCCCCAGAGCCAGCAACAGCAGGCUACGGCUGUCCCUGGAGUUGCCAGGGAUUGUCCCUCUCCCAGACCCGACGUUGAUCAAAUCUAAAGCCACGCGGCGUCACUCCGAGUCCUCUGGCACUACCAAACCCAGACAGAGGCUGAGCUCCAGCAUGAUGGUGAUGCCUGUGGUGACCCAGGAGGAUCUCAGCAAUGUUCGUUUACGUUCCGUCAGCAGCUCAGAUUCAGACAAAGGCCUGGAGGGCUCACCUGAAGUCAUCAGGGAGGAGGAGCAGGAACAGGAGCUGGAGCUGGAGAGCUGUCCAUUGGUCCACUACAGUCCUAAAGCUAAACCACCUGUUGCUACUAAGCCACCCGCACACAAAUGGCCACCAAUACAUAUGGUAAAGUCCUCCUCAAUCUCUACACAGUUCUCAGAGACCCUUCCAGCCUCACCAAGAGAGAGCCAAGAGGACAUGUUUAUGGUGGAAAGAAGAGUGAAGCCUAAGAGGUCACACCAGCCUCCUCGUGUUGCCAGUGAUGGGGUUAUGUUUCAGAGGCAGCAAGCUGUAGACAGGCAGCAGUAUGAUGUGACUGACUCACACCCACCACCUGCCUCCUGCUAUUCAGAGACCAGGAAUGUGAGAAGGACCUCUCUCACCAGCACCACAUCUCUUCAAGCUGAACUAGAUAGGAAGAAGAAGUUGGUUCCCCCUCCAGUUGCAAAGAAACCUGAUGUCCUCUUCAUGCCCUCCAUCAGCUCACUGGGACAGGAGAGCACCAGGAGCCAUGUCUGGUCUGGGCUCAGUGGUGCUUACCAGGCUCCUGCCAGUGCAUACCAGCCUCAUACCACUGGUUACCAGGUUACUGCCAGUGGUUACCAGGUUACUGCCAGUGUUUACAGAGACAGAGACUUUACUGGACAAGAUUGCAACCAUAACAGGAUAAGAGAUGGAUUUUUCCUAGAUGAGAACAGUGAAGAGAGGAGAGCAAUGCCUCAGAUGAGAACACUGUGCCUCGGGGAGCAGGAGGAGGAAGAGUUGGACCACAACUCCUCACAGCCAACUACUGAGGACCUAUUCACCAUCAUACACAGGUCAAAGAAGAAACUCCUGGGUCGUAAAGAAACAGCUGACAGCACUGGGAGCAGGCAGGGUUACGGAUCCCCCAUUAAAGGCACCCCGAGGGUCGUCCAGAAGUCAAGCUCCAAAAAUGACAACUUCAUGGCUUUUCUGCAGAGGAGGAGGAGCAAUAAACCCAGCUCUGGGGAGAGACUGUCAGCCUCUGAACUACUGAAGAAUACUAAACCAUUGGCCGGCCAACCGUAGCGCAUCAAACAACUCCAAUGUUUAUGUUUCUCAAUGUGUAACAAACACUUUUCACUCAAUAUGUGGCAUGCGAGUAUUGUGGACAAUCAGGGAGAGAAGGAAAAGGCUAUAGUUUGUAUUGCUUUACGUGCUACAGUACACCGGCAGCUUAUUUCUGUGACGGCAAUACAGUGUAUAGAGGUCAUGUCUAACUGGAAAUAUGACAGUGUUGGCCAGCUGUGUUUUGCUUAUGAGCUGAGACAAUCUAUCGUGUCAAUACAUCUUUCUUGCCUUGACUUGUGAUGCCUACAACAUUUGUUUUUGAGCUGCCAACAUUUGUGCUUUUGGUCAUGUAUCGCUCAGAAAUUAAACAGAGCUGCUUGUGUG